ACACUGCCGAAACAUUAUUCUUUCCAUGUUGCAAUUUUGGACGACGACUUCGAAUUUUCGACAGAACCACCUACGAUGUGGAAGGAAAAGGACAUCACUGCAUAAUGGGCAGGCACGGUUCAUCUCAUCCGAUCUCAUUCAGCCAUGACCCAUUACGUAUGGUGGUGGGGCACCAACGCUUUGUGAGCGCAUUCUCCUUUGUUGGUCUUUCCCCCUCCGCCUCCUCCGUCCGUCUCCCUUCACAAGAAUGCGCCUUGAUCACGGGCAUUUCCUUUAUCCAGAGGUUUUUGUAUGUCAUAUAGGCUUUCGAUUACAGCAAAGACAGGAAAAAUGACAAUUGGCGGUUUAUAUAACCCCAUCUUUCUUCUCCCCAUGCGUUUCCGUGGUGAAUCGAUGAAGCCAGUCCGAAGAUGACAUGCGCCCGGUUUUACACUUGAUUCUUGGCCCUUUUUGAUCCGAAUCGAAACAUUCAAUCAUCCCAUUCAUGUUACUCCGUCAAUCCACAGGAAUGGCGCACCUACGAGGUGGAUCAAUGUCCAGAGGUCCUGCCGCCUCAAGGAUCGAAUCAACCAGAGCUAUCAACAACUCCCUUCUUCGCUGCAAGAUCCUUCUCGAGUGUGGUAGUACCGGUGACUUUACCUAUGACCAUUUUCUCUCACAAGGGCAAGGAGAACGGAGCCCGAGACCUACUCCUUCCGUCCUGCCCGGCUCCAGAGCAAGGACAGCCACAGCUCUCUCCCACGCCGAUCACGCCCUCGACCUCGCUUCCUACUACGACCAACCUCAACUAGUUGCGAAAUCCCAGCUCUUCCGCGGCCACUGCUUUCGCCGAAUGGCCCAAUGGGACAAGGCAUACUGGUGUUACAUUCGCGCGGCAAGCGUGCGUGAGUUCGCAGCUGAUAAGGGCCCAGAAGGACUGGAAGCUCUGACGAAAGAGUGCCAGAGGAGGAUGGGAAGGUGGAGGGAGAGUUACUACUCCAGCGCUAGCGAGGAGGUUAGUAGUGAAUACGGAACAGAUGAGGUGGCAGGCCUUCGCUCUCGACAAGAAGGCGUCAGUGAAACACCAGCUGCUUCCGAUAGCAGUAUCGAGGGGCGACUCGAUCCAACUGGAAAGGGGAAGGAGAAGGAAAUAUAUCCGCUCGAGCUAGAUCUGAGCGAUGAUGAUCAGCAUAACCGCGGUUACCGCCGCUCGUCAGACAACUGCGUCAAAGAGACCACCGAUACCGUUUCCGGCUUCCCGAGCCUCCGCUCAAGACGGAGUUCAGAAGCUGUCGAUGAUACCCCGACGGCGACGAGUUUCAAGGAGAGGAUGAAAAGCCAUUUUGCCCGGGUCAAAAGCAAAGACGCCGCUUUGCCCACAACUUCAUCAAGGGACCUAUCGGAGGAACAGCUCGAGUUGCAAAGAAGCGAGCAACAGAGAGAUGUUGAGGGAUUCGGACCAGGAGAAAUGCUUUCCACCGAAUUGAGCCACUCUUCUUUAUCCCCCGCGAACCGAACUGCCUCGCAGCACCAACAUGAUAAGAAUGAAGUUUGUUGUACCUGCGAUGACAAAACGAGCCGUAGCGACCGCCAACAACCUACAGAACUCAAGCGUGAGCCUUGGUGGUGGGUGAUGCAGACAGGGUUUUAUUACCUCGUCUACCGCGUCUGCUGCGAUUUUGCGACUGCUGUGCAUAACGGCUCACAGCUUUCUAGAUGGUUUGUCUUGGGUAUGAUGUACCUGGGCAGCUGGCUGUCUUCCGGUGCGGCUCGGUUGGCUAUUGGUAAGGUAGCGGUCUGGGUAGAUCGUGAUGCGGCCCGGUCGUUGUUUGGGAAGAUGGAACAGGAGUUCUGGAAGGGCUAUGAGGCCGUACAGUCAGUGAUGGCUGAUGCUGCGUUUAAACUUGGGAAAACAAAAUAA